GCCAGUCGGCUUCCGGAAGCUCAGCUCAAAAUGCUGAACUGCCUCUGGGAAGCCGCUGGUGCUGUGGUAGUUGGAGUCUGUUCUCGGGCCUGAGCCUCGAGGCCAGGCUCCUGGGUGUCGUUAAUGUUCGGGGCCGCCGGGCGCCAACCGAUCGGAGCUCCAGCCGCCGGGAACAGCUGGCAUUUCAGUCGAACCAUGGAAGAACUGGUUCAUGAUCUUGUCUCAGCCCUGGAGGAGAGCUCGGAGCAAGCUCGAGGUGGAUUUGCCGAAACUGGAGACCAUUCUCGAAGUAUCUCUUGCCCUCUGAAACGCCAGGCCAGGAAACGGAGAGGGAGAAAACGGAGGUCGUAUAAUGUUCAUCACCCGUGGGAGACCGGUCACUGCUUAAGCGAAGGCUCUGAUUCUAGUUUAGAAGAACCAAGCAAGGACUAUAGAGAGAAUCACAAUAAUAAUAAAAAAGACCACAGCGACUCUGACGACCAAAUGUUAGUGGCAAAGCGCAGGCCAUCAUCGAACUUAAAUAACAACGUUCGCGGGAAAAGACCUCUCUGGCACGAGUCUGAUUUUGCCGUGGACAGCCUUGGGAACAGACCUCUGCGCAGGAGGAGGAAGGUCAAGCGCAUGGCAGUGGACCUCCCGCAGGACAGCGCUAACAAGCGGACAAUGCCCCAGCCCCUCGAAGCUUGUAGAGAUCAGGACAUGGACAAUGACAGCAGAGCUUACCAAUAUCAAGAGUUCACCAAGAACAAAGUCAAGAAGAGGAAACUGAAAAUAGUCAGACAAGGACCAAAAAUCCAAGACGAAGGAGUAGUCUUAGAAAGUGAGGAAACAAGCCAGACCAAUAAGGACAAAAUGGAAUACGAAGAGCAAAAGGUCUCAGAUGAACUCAUGAGUGAAAGUGAUUCCAGCAGUCUCAGCAGCACUGAUGCUGGUUUGUUUACCAAUGAUGAGGGAAGACAAGGUGAUGAUGAACAGAGCGACUGGUUUUAUGAAAAGGAAUCAGGGGGAGCUUGUGGCAUCACUGGAGUCAUUCCCUGGUGGGAAAAGGAAGAUCCUACUGAUCUAGACAAAAAUUUACCAGAUCCUGUCUUUGAAAGUAUCCUAACUGGUUCUUUCCCCCUUAUGUCACAUCCGGGAAGAAGAGGUUUCCAAGCCAGACUCAGUCGCCUUCAUGGAAUGCCUUCCAAGAAUAUUAAAAAAUCGGGAGGGACCCCAACUUCAAUGGUGACCACUCCUGGCCCAGUCAGUAACAAGAGAAUGGUUCACUUUUCCCCAGAUUCUCAUCACCAUGACCAUUGGUUUAGCCCUGGGGCUAGGACAGAGCAUGGCCAGCAUCAGCUUCUGAGAGAUAACCGAGCUGAAAGAGGACACAAGAAGAACUGUUCUGUGAAAACAGCCAGCAGGCAAACAAGCAUGCAUUUAGGAUCCCUAUGCACUGGAGACAUCAAACGGAGAAGAAAAGCUGCACCUUUGCCUGGACCUACUACAGCAGGAUUUGUAGGAGAAAACGCCCAGCCAAUCCUAGAAAACAACAUUGGAAAUCGAAUGCUCCAGAACAUGGGCUGGACACCUGGGUCAGGUCUCGGACGAGAUGGCAAGGGGAUCGCUGAGCCGAUUCAAGCCAUGCAGAGGCCAAAAGGAUUAGGACUUGGAUUUCCUCUACCAAAAAGCAUCCCCACAACCACUGCCUCCAAUUCAGGAAAAUCCGCCUAAGAAGAAAAGCAAAGAAGAGAUGUUUUACCAGUUGUAUUUGCUCUAUGUAUCCCAUUGUUCUAAAAUUACAACAUAGCUUCUAUUUUUGAAGCCGAAAUCUAACAUCAAAGCCUCAAACUUGUCACUCUAGCUUCCUAGCUGUGUACAGUUCUGCCACAGUGAUAGAAAUGGGAUUCCAUUGCAAUUCAUGGUGCUAAAGUAAAAACCUUUACCUUUUAAAAAUUUUCAGCGAUUUACAUUCUAGGUGUAAAGAACAGCUCAAUUUCUCUUAUUUAUUUUGAUCUUGUAUGUCAAUAAUUUCUGAUGCUUUAGCUUGAUUCAUUCAUGUGUGUGCUCAAUGCCCUGGCAACUGAGCAUGCCCACAUGUUUCUAAAAUGGGAUUAGCCGGAAAGGAUUGUGUUUCACAUCAGCCCUGUCGGUUGUAACUGAAAACACCUAUCAUCACAUCAGUGAAGUCCUAAGCACAUCUUUGUUUGAAAGGCUGGCCAAUUUCAUAUUCCUUGAAUAUGGCUUUUUAGUUAGGAUUCUCUAACAGGGUGACACCCAUUGUCUAUCCUUGGACAGUGUAGUAUGAAGUUCACAGUUGACAAACAGCAAUUAAUGUUUCCCUCUGACAUGUCGACAAAAAUAAACCUCAUCGUUGUGAUCACCAGAGUGCCCUCAACAUGACUUUAAUGCAGAUUUUAUAAAUUUUACCUCAUUUAGAACAUAAAAUAAUUAUGGAAAGGAAAAUAUUUUUUAAAUUCACCAUGACUGAACUGUAAAUUCCAUUAAUCUAGACUUCCUUCUACCUCUUUUCUUCCCAAAGGUUGAUAUUUUUUUAAGAUCAACUCAACUGUAGUAAACUGAUUUUAAAUUUUAACCAUCAGAGUAAGUUAGAAUAUCGACUCAAUUUAUUCGAAGAUUUAAGUGGCUCUCCCAAGAAUUCAGAUUUCUGGCAAUGGUCCAGCCCAUAUACAAGGUGAACAAAAAAUGAAUGGUACUGAUUCACCCUUUCUAACAUCUAAGCAGUUACGUUCAAACCAAGCAAAACAAGUCAUUUUUACUUUGUGCCUCGUAUUGUUAUAUGGGAAUCAUCUGCUUCCUAAGGUCAGAGAUUCUAAAUUGCUCUUAGUUUAGAUAUUGAUUAGUUAUCUUCAUUAUUAAGGACUAAUAAUAAUAUUCUCUUUAUAAUGGCCUUUGUUGGUUGAGUGAAGGCCAAGAUAACUCACGUGAAUCACCCUUCUAAUGUUUUUCUUUUUUUCAACCUUUGUUUUUCUAGAGUAGUUUUAGGUUCACAGCAAAAUUACGGGGAAGGUACAGAGAUUUCUCACAAAGCCCCUGCUCCCACACAUGCACAGCCUUCCCUGUUAUCAACUUCCCUCACCAGAGUGGGACACUGUUACAAUUGAUGAACCUACAUUGACACAUCAAAAUCACCCAAAGUCCACAGUUAGUAUUACAGUUCACUCUUGGUAUUGAACGUUCUAUGGGCUUGGACAAACAAAUAAUGACAUGUCUGCACCAUUAUGGUAUCAUACAGAGUUGUGUUACUGUGAUAAAAUUCCUCUGGGCUCCUCUCUAAUAGGCUUUUGGAAAUUUGUCACUCCCCAAGAGUUUUUUAAAGGGGAGAGAGGAGCAUGUGCAUGUAAUAGACCUGUCCCAGGUGGUCCCCUAAAGAAAACACUGCCAGUUCGGGAGAGGAAGUUCAGCCUGCUAUUUGAAAGGCCUAACGGUUUGCCGGAUUUCCUUUUAAGUACGCGUUCCUUUUACGAAUGAUCUUCUUUCCUAGGAGUAUCGUGGUAAAAGGACAAGUUGGUUAGGGGACUAUAGACUACCAGGUGAGUUGCUCGUAUGCUCUUCUUAGGCUAUCAGGUGAGCAUUCUUAUUGGAUGAAGUAACCUUGUUGUGUGAUUCUUUUCUACAAGUUUGUUACCUGGAAAUUCGCCAUUUUUAAAAAAAGGGUUUUGUUGACUACUCAUUCUAUCUAUGUAAGGGGCAAAACUGUCUAUAUUCCAGUUUAAAACUUCUUUAUGGUAGUAUACAGUGCUCUAGGAUCUGUUCGAAAGUUUCUUUUUGUUUGUUUGUUUGUUUAAUUGCAUUGCCUGAAGAUCUUCUAAAAUCCUAGAAUUUUGAAAAGCCAAAUGUGGAACCACUGAUAACACACAAUGAGAUUAUUGUGAGACUGAUUGAUCCUAAAUUCCUAAGGACUUGACUGUUCUUUUUCACUUUACCAUGUUCUAACCCUCACAGUGAAGAAGAACAGACCAUAUAUACCAGCUGUCACGGGGGAACUCCGUAACUAAAUAUUGCAGCUGUAUGAAUACUUUUUCUUGUCCUCCUGGACAGGUACCAACCUUCCGAAGCAAACCUUCUCUAAGAUAUCACUGAGCUUGGGUGUUCUCUAACUCAGCCCCCCAAAACGAUUCAUCUUUAUAUUUUCCCCUGAUAGAAGAAAGGUCUCAAUCUUGACAUCUAGUGCCCUCUCUGUGACUCACAGAGGAUUUCAAACAUCUCUUAUCCUAUGGAAGUGUUUAACUGUACAGAAUACGUGAAUCAGUACUCAAAGCAGAGAGGUGGCAACAUCCCAAGCAUCCCCCCUCUGCUCUCACACAGACAUGCACCAGGAGCACAUACAUCCCUUCACCUUUCAGGGAAAUUUAAGAAAAAUCAAGGCACACCUGAAGUUCUGCUUGGACCUGAACUGAAUCGGAGAAAUAAACACAAUUGAAAAAUGCAAUUUGUAAUGUAAGUCGAAUAUCUUUUAAGAUAUGAAGUUCACUAAUUUAUGUUUUAUAGAGAGUUAUAGUUAAUUUUUACCAGUUCCUAUGCCCAUAGAACGCAAAGCAUCCAAAGGAAUUCAUCCUUUAGAAUGUAUCAAUCAUAUCUCCUUAAAAAGGUGGUUAGAUUUUUCUCUUCUUCAGAAAGCCAACUCUUCUACAGUAUCUAAAGCCUCAUAUCAAAUUAAUUGCUUGUACUAAAAAUUUUAGAGAGUACAUUGGUCUCUUCCACUACUAGCCAAAUUAUCCAGUCCCAGCAGUAGCCGAGAGAGAGUGAGUGUGGCUACAUUAGCACUUCAACGUUUUGCCUUUAUAUACGUGUUAUACUUGAUAUUUACCAGAUUGUGUGUUGGGGUCAUUUCCUUCCUUCCUUCCUUCCUUCCCUCCUUUUUUCCUUCUUUCUCCCCAAAUACAAUUUUAAAGGCUAUGUUCCCCCCUCAAAUUUAUUUGCUUUUUUUAAUUAUAUAGUACCCCUUUAAAAGAAAAUCCGUUGCUAACUAAAAUUUACCAAUUAAUUGGUCUCUGCAUUUUAAAACAUAGAUUUUAUAACACACACUGUUGCUAUCAAACAGAAGUUAAGACAAGUAGGGUUAAAGAUAUGCCUAAUGUAUACAUAUAGGUAUGUUUACAGGGCACAUAUGUGUGCCAUAUACAGACAUGAUGGCAAAAUAAUUGCAUUUUAUUAAUAUUCUUAUUUUAGCAUUGUGAAUUGAUAUUCUUGCAAUUAAUUGAACUGACAAUUGCUUCUCUUCAAUAUAUUUUCAUUUUGAGCAGAUAUUUCAUGAGAGAGAAAAAUCACUGUUGACAUGCCUUUUAAAACCAUUUCCUCCUGUACUCUGUCUUUCUAAAAAAAAAAAAAAGUGACCUAAAUUGGUAUUGUAAAAUGAAGUUGUUUAGCAAAGAAUAUUUUGGAUUUUUUUCUUUUAGUAGAAAGGUAUAUUAAUAGUACAACAAAGAAUGAAAGAAUAAACACAAUGUUUGAGAAUGUUAUUUAUAAGCAGUCAUUGUCUUUGUGCUUUAAAUGUUUCCUUCUAAAAGUAAUAAAAAAUAGAGUUUAAAGGACUUUAAUUUUUUUUUUUUAAUUACUACCCAUUGACAACAUCAAACAGUGCAGUUAAAUUCAUUGUUAAUCUUUAAACCCUGGAAAAUGUCAACAUUUUCCAAAAAAUUUUAGAGAAAAACAAUUGGUAAAUAUAUUUGAUUUCAUUUAUUCACAGCUGAUUGCGACCUGUUCUACUACAUUUUCCUGGUUUUGUUUGUUUUCUCUGAAACUGGGCUAGACUAACCGGCUUAGGGUCUCUUUCCACUCAGAGAUUCUGAUUCUAAAGUAGCGAGUGCAAAUUCUCUCUGACACUUGAAAUAUCCAUCAGGACCAUAUGUGUUACAGUCCCUCCAUUUCCUUCUGGGAAAUUGUACCUCUCAGAAACCUGUCUGGAUUUUAAAAAUAUUUUACAAUACUCAUUAAAACGUUGAGUUCUGUUGGCUGUAGGAAAGCAUCUCACUAUGUUGAUAAAAUUUUCUUUUCUCCCAAAAAACUGAGUUGUGAGUUGCUAGAGUAUGUGGAUUUUUUUUUUAAUCCAAUAGGUAUUAAAUACUCAUUUAUUUAACAGGCUUGCCGUAAUAUAUACUCAACUGACAAGUGGACCAUGAAGGCUCCUUCUGCUGGGUUCCUACUAGGCAAAGACUCAUUACUUUACACACCUGACAUUUUAAGUAGAUCCAGAUUUGGCUCUAGCGAGUCAGUGCCAUUAACUACCAGGAGUAUGAUCUACUAUUGCCACUUUUGGUCUUAUCUGUACAUUAGAGUCGUCUUCUGUCUUUGAAUUGUCAGAGAGUUUAAAUCAUUCUCAGAUUCACCGACCUCAUUCCUGUUGCAGUAUCAGAAUGUCCCGUGUUUACUCUUUAACCUUUCGAGGAUGAAGUUAGGUAACAAUUGAAGGCAAUUUUUGUGUUUCCUUAGUUGUUUUUUUUCCUUAGUUUGAAUACUCAAAAUAAAUUACUAGCAUUUUAAAUCUGUGUAUAAUACUUGAUGUUUCAGCUCUAAGAUGGUAAAGACAAGACUGUAUUAUGAUAGCAUCCCAAGCAAAAAGAACAAUCAAACCUAUUUUCUACCUGUUUUCAUCUUCCUAUUAAAUUUCAAGGAAAUGUUUAUUUCUUCCUAAAGGCAGCAUUCUUUAAUAAAAGCAGAAAGGAUGAGAAAUAGUAUACAAACUCAUUAUAUACUUAAAAUAGUAUGUGAGUUCAUUAUAUACUUAAUACAUAUAUAUUUUAUAUAUAUAAGUAUGUAUAUAUAUAUAUAUAUAUAUAUAUACUUAUAUAUACAAAUUCUUAUAUUGCUUAUUGAAGUGAAUUUCUUCAAACGCCAGAAUUUCAUAGUUUUGAUGAGCAAAUGAGUUGGGGAGGUGGGCGCGGAAUUAAGGUUCCAUUAGAUACCUGUGUGGCUAAUCUAAUUCUAAAGUUCUUUGUUGAUGGCUAUAAUUGAUUAUGGAAACUAUAGAUAAUCCACGCUGCAGGUAAGAGGUACAGAGUUUACAAAACAAUUGUUUAAGUGCAUGUGAAGCACUUUACAGCGCACAUUAAAAUUGUGAAAUUUCAAGUACAAAACCACAAUAUUUGUAAAACAACGACCAUCGUGUCUGUAGGCUCUCAGCAGUCAGCAGUGUGGUCCGGAAUCUAUAAGGCUUGGUUCUUGCCCCUCCCGCAUCUUUAUACACCUCACCUUUAAUUGCAUCACUCCUGAUUUCUUUCCACACAUGUUCGUCUACUUCCCCUAUUUUAAUAUCACGGGACAACCUUCCAAAACGAGGCAACAAUCGCGAGCACACAGGAAACCCACGUGAUUUGACUCCUGUCCCGUUGUGUUUCUCCAUUAUGUCCCUUAACAACUCAGCUAGAAACAAGCAGCAGAUUCUUUUUCCCCGCUCACUGAGUAAUUGUCUGCGCGCCGCAGUGACAGAUGUGCAAUAUAGCAGCUUCUUCAGGAAAAAAUUAACAGUUUGUCCAGCAUGUCAGCUCGCUCUUUUUAGUGCGUGGGAGGUCUUGGCCCCAUUAUGGAUGAUUUAGAAAUUGAGGCAAGCAAAAACCAGCUGCCUGCGCUGAAAGCCUUGGUUAGUCGCCCUCAUCUGCAUUCCAGGACUCACUUACAUCUAGAAAUUGGUGGAGCCCCUCUGGCCACGCGAAGAGGAUGGGCUGACAAUGCCUUGAUUUGUUGAGAGAGAGAAUAAAUGGGUUUUUCAGAAGAUGAGGAAAUAUCACCAUUACUGGCCAAUUUACAGCAUUUUAUCUGUUCUUCAAACAUGUCACUUUUGUUAUUGUUGCAUGGUAAUUACAUAGUGAAACAGAAAGAAAACAAAUUCAGGUUACGUCUUCAGAUGGAUUGCAAAAUCAAAUAAUCCUGAUAAAUGCCCAUUUAUGAUACACAUGGAUGAAAGGUUCAUUUUAAUUUUGAAUGGCUGGCUCAGCCAUAAAUAGGAUAUAGGAUUAAAUUCCAGAGAAUCUGAUUACAUAAAAGCAAACAGUCUUUCUCUUCACUUUUUUCAGAUCCAGGAAAUUCAGGUUGAUACCGUGAGGCAUGUUCACAAACAGGAUUGUCCUGAGACAAUACAAAAAGUAAAUUCAGAAUUGCCUUCUGAAAAGGAUGGGAACUGGAGAGUUACCUUGUUCUAGAGAUUUGUCAGUCCUGAAGCCUUCUCAAGAAGCAAGCGGGCCUAGGCUGAAAAUAUUUCCAGUUUGGAGGAAGAGCCUUACAUUUUGAACUUUACUUUAGAUACUAGAAAUCCAAUGCGUUUUUCCUGUGUUCCUCUUUCUAAGGUUAUUUCUGCCCCCCAUCCCCAGACCCUUUUAUUAUAAAGGAAUGUUGCCUGUAGACGUUUAGCUGAGCGCACCGGUAAUGAAGUUCGUGGAGAGGAAAAGGAACAAGGGGCCGCACCCCAGGGCUGCUACUUAAAAUGUCAGGUAUAUAAAGUAAUGGGUUUUCGCUUAGUAGAAACUCAGCAGAAGGAGGCUUCAUGGUCCACUUAUCACGUGAGUAUAUAUUACCCUAAAUCUGUUAAAUAAGUGUUUACUAUCUACUGGCUCCUAAGUUUGCUGUGGCAGGGACAGAGAGAUAGAAGAAGCACACCAGCACUUAACUGCCUUGGCCCGGGGUGAGACGUGUCACUGUUCAGGAUCCAUUGGCCAGAUUUGGUCACACGGGCCCAACUGGAUUUCAGGGAAGCUGCCGGAAGUAGGGAAGCAUGUGGAUGUUUGCGAACACUAGUUCUGCCAUAGUUAUUUAUGCUACGGUUAUACUAUUUUUACAUAAUCUCAAUAUGACACGUCCAGACCGUUAAAUAUCAAAGCAACGUCUACCAUAUUUCAUUGAGUCUAAGAUGCCAUCAAGUUUAAGAGGAACCUUAAUUUUCUGUACCAUUAAGAAAGAAGAAAAAAAGCACUGGCAAGCUAUGAUCCUCUACCCCUGGCAAGAUGCCUCCAUCCCAAUUUCAGAAAUACUAAAAUGUGAAAAAAAUGAUAAAAAUAUGUUUAUAAGUAUUAAAUGACUUGUGCCAAGAAAAAAAUUCUGAGGAAUGCCAGGGAGGGGCUGCAUGAAGUGGUGGGAUUGGAGCUGCUCCUUGAAGAAUGAUAGGGUUUGACUAGAAACAAGGAGGGUUCAUUUUUACCCAUAGCUGCUUCUGUUAUGUUGACAUUAUAUGACAUAAAAGGCUCAGGCAUUGGAAUUAUUCCAAACUAGAUUCAGUGCCCAGCCCUAAUGCCGUCUGUAUUUUUUGAGGCUAAUCUCACAAGUUUCACCCUUUUUUGCUGAAGUAAGAAAUAAUAAUAGCUACCACAUUGAGUUAUGAGGGUUAAAUGUAAUAAUGCACACAAUACACCCUAGCAGUGUCUGGCAAAUAGUAGGUGCUCUAAAUUAGGUACCAUUUCUUCUCUAGUUUCUAAUAAAGUGAUAAAUUGUCCUUGUUUGUUUGCUUUUCUGGUUGAGGGGAGAAGGUCAGAAGUGUUAUUGUAUUUUUACUUUGCUAACAGUUCCCAAUAAAGACAAGUGAUAUUAAACAA